AGAGUCCUGAGAGCACUGGGAGAAAAAAAAAUAAAUUGGGAAAAAAAAUUCUAGGGUUUGACUGGAAACGCAAAUUGGGUUAAAUUCUUGGAAUCCGUCUUGUUCGCGGGAUCCGGGUGGAAGGUCACGCUACGAUCUGCGGAAACUGGUUUUCUUAAACCAGGAAUCGAUCGAUCGAGUAUUGGUGGAGAAAUCGGCGGGAAUUGGAAUUGCUUUAAAAACCCUAAAGCCAGCCAAGCCCACUCAUGGGAGCAGCGAAAAUGUUGGAGACUGAGAGAAGGAGAGAGAGAGAGAAAGAGAGUGUGUGAAAGGAGGUUUCUGAUUGUCGGGAUCGGUGGACAAAAAAGGUGUCAAGCUGAGUAUCGUAAAAGCGGUUUUGGAUAGCGGUUUAUCGAACCGCGUUUUGGGGAGUGGGGGGUCUGUAAAUUCGUUUGUUUUUCUUUAUUUUUGAAUUAUUUGUAUGCAAUCUGGUGGCGCGCAGCGGGGCGUUGGCGCCGCCGGUCAUGGCCGGAGUGCGGCGCUGCCGCCGCCUGGACGGUCAACGUCCUCUGCUUCGGCAUCGCCUUCUUCUUCUUCAUCGGCGGUGUCCGCUCCCCAUCAAGGGUUUGAGGCAAUUCAACAGCAGCAACAGCAGCAGCAGCAGCAACAGCAACAGCAACAACACCACCACCAGCAGCAGCAACAGCAACUUCAUCAACAACAGCAGUUAGCAUUUAGGCAGUCAUUACAACAACUUAGAAAGCCUGAAGGAGAUGAAGCCCUCCAAUCAUAUCAAGCUGGUGGUAUCCAUGGAGUCAUGGGUGGCAGCAACUUUCCUUCUUCCUCUGGCUCCAUGCUUUUGCCCCAACAGUCUAGGAAGUUUGUCGAUUUGUCUCAACAACAUGGAGCUUCUCAAACUCGUGAGGAGAGUCAGAAUAAGGGUCAAGGAUCAGAACAACACAUGCAGAAUACAAUGCAUCAAGCGUACAUUCAAUAUGCUCUGCAGGCCGCUCAGCAGAAGUCAGUUCUUGGAAAUAUGCAGCCACAGCAACAAGGUAAAUUGGGUAUGGUUGGUCCGUCAACUGGGAAAGAUCAGGAUAUGCGCAUGGGAAAUAUGAAAAUGCAAAACCUCACUGCUAUCCAGGCAGCUAACCAGGCACAGGCUUCUGCAUCCAAGAAGUCGGUUGAACAUUUUGUGCAUGGUGAGAGGCAGGUGGAGCAGGGUCCUCAGGCAACCUCUGACCAAAGGGUUGAGUCGAAGACUCUCUCUCAAGGGCCAUCGGUUGGGCAGUUAAUGUCACCAAAUAUGAUAAGGCCCGUUCAGGUGCCACAGGCCCAACCAAGCAUUCAAAACAUUGCAAACAACCAAUUUGCAAUGGCUCAGUUGCAAGCUAUGCAGGCGUGGGCAUUGGAAAACAAUAUUGAUCUGUCUCUACCCAACAACGCCCAUCUGAUAGCUCAAAUCCUCCCAAUUUGGCAAUCUAGAAUGGCUGGGCUUCAGAAGCAAAAUGAAAGCAAUGCUGGUGGCCCAUCUUCGCGGCAGCAAACAUCGAAGCAACACAUCAUGUCUUCUCCACCAAUGGUUGGUGAGAGUUCUGCCCAUGGGAACUCAUCAAGUGAUGUAUCUGGCCAAUCUGGCUCUGUAAAACCAAGGCAGAUGGUUCCGUCUGGUGCUUUCUCAAAUUCUGCAACGGCUGUUAUGGGUAAGGCUAAUAACAUCCAGAUGCAACAGCUUGGUGUUCACAACAGGCAGAACCAGUCACCUAAACAGCAGAUCGCAUAUGGAAAUGGGAUGCCCCCACCGCAUCCUCCACAGUCAUCUGUGAACACGAGCCAGGGUUUGGAUAAUCCUCCUCAUACAAAGAGUUCCUCUCCUGGUGCAGAAGCUUUGCAGAUGCAAUACGCCAGGCAGUUGCCACAGUUGAACCGGACUUCUCCACAAUCUGCAAUAUCCUCUAAUGAUAAUACCAUGGUAACCCACUCCCCAUCUCAGGGCGGUGCUGCCCAGGUGCCACAACAGCGUCUAGGGUUUACCAAACAGCAACUGCAUGUCCUUAAAGCACAAAUACUAGCAUUCAGGCGUUUGAAGCGCGGGGAAGGCAGUCUUCCACAAGAAGUUCUUCGAGCUAUUGCUCCGCCACCCCUUGAGUUGCAACUGCAGCAGGUAUUUGUUCCCCCCCAAGGGACAACUAAUCAUGACAGACAUCUUGCAACAAAUGUCGAUGAACAUGCAAGACAUUUGGAGUCCAAUGACAAGGUUGCGCAAGCUGUAUCUUCUACCAGAGGACUGAUUCUUCCGAAAGAGGAAUCCAGCAUGGAAGAGAAAACAACUACAUCUACAGGUCAUGUUCAAGGAGUGACAACUGUGAUGAAGGAGCCUAUGCGGAUGGGUUCUGCUGGAAAGGAAGAGCUGCAAAGCACACCAUUAGAUGUUAAGCCUGAGCAGGAAGUUGAACGGGGUACUUUCAAGAUUGCUGCUAAAAGUGAUCAGACAGUAGAUAAGGGAAAGGCUGUUCCAUCUCAGGUUGCUGUAUCUGAUGCUGGCCAAAUUAAGAAACCAGUCCAAACAAGCACUGUACCACAGCCAAAAGAUGUUGGCCCUACAAGAAAGUAUCAUGGACCACUCUUUGAUUUUCCUUUCUUUACUAGGAAACAUGAUUCCUUUGGCUCAGCAAUGGGUGUUAAUAACAUCCAUAAUUUAACACUGGCAUAUGAUGUGAAGGAUCUUCUUUUUGAGGAAGGCAUAGAGGUUCUUAACAAGAAAAGGACAGAGAAUCUAAAAAAGAUAGGUGGUUUAUUAGCUGUCAAUUUAGAGAGGAAGAGAAUCAGGCCAGAUCUUGUUUUGAGGCUGCAAAUUGAGGAAAGAAAACUUAGACUUUUAGAUCUUCAAGCACGGGUGAGAGAUGAGGUUGACCAGCAACAGCAGGAGAUAAUGGCAAUGCCUGACAGGCCAUAUCGGAAGUUCGUUCGGUUAUGUGAACGUCAGCGCAUGGAUCUUGCUAGGCAAGUGCAGCUUUCUCAGAAGAUGAUUAGAGAGAAGCAACUAAAAUCCAUUUUUCAAUGGCGGAAGAAGCUUCUUGAGGCACAUUGGGCCAUUCGUGAUGCGAGGACUGCUCGCAAUAGGGGAGUUGCCAAAUAUCAUGAGAGAAUGCUCAGGGAAUUUUCGAAGAGAAAGGAUGAUGAUCGAAAUAAAAGGAUGGAGGCAUUGAAGAAUAAUGAUGUUGACAGGUAUCGUGAAAUGUUGCUGGAGCAGCAGACCAGCAUAGAGGGUGAUGCUGCUCAGAGAUAUGCUGUCCUCUCUUCAUUUCUUUCCCAGACUGAAGAAUAUCUUCAUAAACUUGGAGGAAAGAUAACAGCUGCCAAGAAUCAGCAAGAGGCAGAGGAGGCAGCUGCAGCCGCUGCGGCUGCUGCACGAGCUCAGGGUCUUUCAGAAGAAGAAGUUAAGAAUGCAGCCGCUUGUGCUGGAGAAGAAGUGAUGAUAAGGAACCGGUUCUCUAAAAUGAAUGCACCUAAGGAUAGUUCUUCUGUGAACAAGUAUUACAAUCUUGCACAUGCUGUGAAUGAAAGGAUAUUAAGGCAGCCCUCGAUGUUACGUGCUGGGACGUUACGGGACUAUCAACUUGUUGGUUUGCAGUGGAUGCUUUCUUUGUAUAACAACAAAUUAAAUGGGAUCUUGGCAGAUGAGAUGGGUCUUGGGAAGACUGUACAGGUAAUGGCAUUGAUUGCUUAUUUGAUGGAGUUCAAGGGGAACUAUGGGCCGCAUCUUAUUAUUGUCCCAAAUGCUGUUUUGGUUAAUUGGAAGAGUGAAUUGCAUAAUUGGCUUCCAUCUGUGUCAUGCAUUUUCUAUGUUGGUGCGAAGGAUCAAAGAUCAAAGUUAUUUUCUCAAGAGGUUUGUGCGAUGAAAUUUAAUGUACUUGUUACAACUUAUGAGUUUAUCAUGUACGACCGCUCAAAGUUAUCAAAAAUUGAUUGGAAGUAUAUCAUAAUUGAUGAAGCUCAACGAAUGAAGGAUAGGGAGUCGGUUCUAGCACGUGACCUUGAUAGAUAUCGUUGCCAAAGGCGUCUACUCCUUACAGGAACGCCAUUACAGAAUGAUCUGAAGGAGCUUUGGUCACUUUUGAAUUUGCUCCUUCCAGAAGUUUUUGAUAAUCGCAAAGCAUUCCAUGAUUGGUUCUCAAAGCCCUUUCAAAAGGAUGUUCCUACACAUGAUGCAGAGGAUGAUUGGCUUGAGACUGAGAAGAAGGUGAUCAUUAUCCACAGACUUCAUCAAAUUCUGGAGCCUUUUAUGCUCAGACGCCGUGUCGAAGAUGUGGAAGGGUCACUCCCACCCAAGGUGUCCAUUGUUUUGAGAUGUAGAAUGUCAGCUAUUCAAGGUGCCAUUUAUGAUUGGAUUAAAUCCACUGGCACUCUUCGGGUUGAUCCUGAGGAUGAGCUGCGGAGAAUUCAAAAGAAUCCACUUUACCAGGCAAAAACAUACAAGACUCUCAACAAUAGAUGCAUGGAGCUUCGCAAAACUUGCAAUCAUCCUUUGCUUAAUUAUCCAUAUUUUCAAGACUUCUCUAAGGACUUCCUUAUUAGAUCAUGUGGGAAACUGUGGAUACUCGACAGGAUUCUUAUAAAACUUCAAAGAACAGGACACCGGGUAUUGCUAUUUAGUACCAUGACUAAGCUUCUUGAUAUAUUGGAGGAGUAUUUGCAAUGGCGGCGGCUAGUCUAUAGGCGAAUUGAUGGGACAACCUGCUUAGAAGACCGUGAAUCAGCUAUUGUAGACUUCAAUAGUACUGAUUCUGAUUGUUUCAUAUUCUUGCUUAGUAUCCGUGCUGCUGGACGAGGCCUAAAUCUACAGUCUGCAGAUACAGUUGUCAUAUAUGAUCCUGAUCCGAAUCCUAAAAAUGAGGAACAAGCAGUGGCCAGGGCCCAUCGUAUUGGACAGAAGAGAGAGGUCAAAGUCAUCUAUAUGGAAGCAGUUGUUGACAAAAUCUCAAGCCAUCAAAAAGAAGAUGAAUUACGGAGUGGAGGUGCAGUUGACUUAGAGGAUGACCUUGCAGGUAAAGAUCGAUAUAUGGGAUCCAUUGAGAGCCUUAUACGCAAUAAUAUUCAGCAAUAUAAGAUUGAUAUGGCAGAUGAGGUCAUAAAUGCUGGCCGUUUUGAUCAGAGGACAACACAUGAAGAAAGACGCAUGACUUUAGAGACAUUAUUGCAUGAUGAAGAGAGAUAUCAAGAAACAGUGCAUGAUGUCCCCUCCCUGCAGAAGGUUAAUCGCAUGAUUGCUCGGAGUGAAGAAGAAGUUGAACUUUUUGAUCAAAUGGAUGAGGAGCUGGAUUGGACUGAGGAGAUGAGAAGGUAUGACCAGGUGCCUAAGUGGCUUCGAGCCAGCACCAAGGAAGUAAAUGCUACAAUUGCUAAUUUAUCUAAGAAGCCAACAAAGAACAUUUUAUCUGGCAGUGUGGUUGUGGAAUCCGGUGAAACGGUUCCAGAUUUGUCACCUGUUAAGACAGAGAGGAAAAGGGGGCGACCAAAGGGCUCAUCAAAUGGGAAAAAAUUCACUAGUUACAGGGAGUUAGAUGAUGACGGGGAAUUUUCUGAAGCAAGUUCAGAGGAGAGGAAUGGAUAUUCCUUGCUUGAAGAGGAAGGAGAAAUUGGGGAGUUUGAGGAUGAAGAAUGUAGCGGUGCUGUUGGUCCGCUGCUGGCUAAUAAGGACCAAUCAGAAGAGGAUGGGCCUGCUUGUGAUGGUGGUUACGAGUACCCUCGUGCUUCAGAAGGCACCAGAAAUAAUCAUAUAUUUGAAGAAGCAGCUGGUUCCUCGGGAUCAUCCUCAGAGAGUCGAAGAUUGACUCAGGUGGUGUCUCCUUCUAUAUCUUCCCAGAAGUUUGGAUCUCUUUCUGCCUUGGAUGCUCGGCCAGGUUCUCUUUCAAAAAGAAUGCCAGAGGAACUAGAGGAAGGAGAAAUUGCUGUGUCCGGUGACUCCCACAUGGAUAUUCAACAAUCUGGAAGUUGGACUCAUGAUCGUGAUGAUGGAGAAGAUGAACAGGUUUUGCAACCAAAAAUAAAGCGGAAACGAAGUAUUCGUGUUCGGCCCAGACAUACUUCGGAAAGGCUCGAAGAAAGGUCUAGCAGUGAAAAGCCUUUCUUGCAGCGUGGGAAUUCAUCUCAGUUGGUGUGUCCAGUGGAACAUGACUAUGAAGCACAAUUAAGGACUAACCCUGAGGUUGAAACAUGUGGAGAGCCUGCUGCUCUGAGGCAAGAUCCCAGUGAUUCAAUUUCAAAAAAGAGGAAUUUACCAUCAAGGAGGGUUGCAAAUUCUUCAAAACCACAUGCUGUGGCGAAACCCAGCAGAUUGAAUUGCGUGGUAGGGCCUGCAGAGGAUGCCACAGAACAAUCUAGAGAAAGUUGGGAUGGUAAAUCUAUGAACACAAGUGGGCCUGCUUGCUUUGGUGCAAAGAUUUCUGAUCUCACGCAAAGAAAGUUCAAGAAUGUGAUAAACAAGCUUCAGAGAAGAAUAGAUAAAGAUGGUCAUCAAAUUGUACCUCUGUUAACGGAUUUUUGGAAGAGGAAUCAGGGCACCAAUUACUUGAGCAAUAUGGCAGGGAGUAACCUUUUGGAUCUUCGGAGAAUUGAUCAGCGUGUGGACAGAUUGGAGUAUAGUGGGGUGAAGGAGUUCGUUGCAGACGUGCAUUCCAUGUUGAAAAACGUGAUUCAGUAUAUGGGUUUUUCUUAUGAGGUGAGAUCUGAAUCAAAGAAAGUACAAGAAAUGUUCUUUGAAAUUAUGAGGAUUGCAUUCCCCGACACAGAUCUCAGAGAAGCAAGAAACGCAGUCUCAUUAUCUGGCCAGGGAACCACCUCUAUGCCAUCCCCAAAACAGGGUCCCCUUGGCCAAAACAAACGACACAAGCUGAUCAAUGAUGUGGAGCUUGAACCCAGUCCAUCCCCAAGGUUAUUGUCACGUGGUCCUGCCUCAGUUGACGAGGACACUAAGACCCGAGGCAAUAUAUCAAAGUUUCAGAAGGAAGCUACGAGGUUGGGAAGCAGUAGCAGCAGCCGAGAACAGGGCCAACUGGAUGAGCCAGCAAUGCUUACUCAUCCUGGCGAGUUAGUCAUCUGCAAGAAGAGGAGGAAAGACAGGGACAAGGGCUCUCUGAAGUCCAGGACCAACAGCCCCGUCUCUCCUCCCAGUGUGGGGCGUGGUGUCAGAACACCUGGUAGUGGUCCUGGUCCAGGCCCAGGUCCGGGCCCCAUUAUGUCCCCAAAGGAUAUGAGGGCAAGUCAGUCAGCAGCUCAGCAUGGUUGGCCCCAUCAGCCAACUCAACAGGCUAAUGGUGUCGUUGGGGGUGGUGGGACUUUAGGUUGGGCAAAGCCUGUAAAGAGAAUGAGAACAGAUACUGGUAAAAGGAGGCCGAGCCAUUUGUGACUCGAACAGUAUUGUACAUACAAUGAGAAGGCCUCUCGCAAUUAAUUCCAGCUGUAAGUUAGUGGCCCAUCUGACCUGUACAAGUGAAAAUGGGUUAUAAUGUUAAUACAAUUGUAGUUGAUGUAUCCUUUAUUGACCCUCCUCCUCCAUGAUAUUUGAUAAGUGUUACCAGAAAAUGAGAAGAAAUCAAUCUAAGAUUCUAAA